CUCGUGCGGUGCUUCGCUGGCGGUAAUUUGAGCUUCGUGAAGCAUGCGAUUGCGUCUGGGAAUUUGGGUGUGAUCGUGCUCGGAGGUGGUAGGCAGAGAGAGAGGAUAGUCGACACGAGGAGGGUUUUGUUGGAAAUGGCGGAGGGAAGCGAAGGAGUAGGAGGAGGAGGAGGAGGGAGUAGAGGCGGAGGCGGAGGAGAUUCUCUGGCGAUGACGCCGUCGCUGUUGUACCACGAGGUGCAAGAAUCGCGACUGUGCGCGGUGCAUUGCGUGAACGCGGUACUGCAAGGACCUUACUUCUCGGAAGUGGACUUGGGCACCAUGGCGCAGGAAUUGGACAAACAGGAGGAGCAGGUGAUGCUGGAGAGUGGCUCCAGGUCGAGCCAUUACCUCAAUUACAAGGCGGAGGGCUCCUCCAACGUGGACGCCGACGGGAACUUUAGCAUUCAGGUGCUGAAUCGUGCGCUCCAGAUUUGGAACUUGCAGUGUGUUCCUCUGGAAGCUCCGGAGGCCGCGGACGCUCGCACGGACCCUCAAAAGCAGAGUGCAUUUAUUUGCCAUCUCCAGGCUCACUGGUUUUGCAUCCGGAGAGUAGGGGAGAGGUGGUACAAUUUCAACAGCUUGUACCCUGCCCCGGAAUAUCUGUCUAAUUUCUACCUUGCAGCUUACCUUGAUACGUUGAAAAUGAGUGGCUGGAGUAUUUUUGUAGUUCGGGGGUCUCUUCCAAAUUCAGCUUGUUGGGGUAACGAGGACAAGGUUGGAGUUUGGCUCACCCCAGAGGAGGCGGAUCGUAUUACCAGAGCGGCCAAGGAUUCAACUCAGGCGGACAAGUCGAAAGCUUCACCAGCGGGUACGACACAAAAGAAUCCGGAUUCGAAAAUAUGUCCGGCCAACUUAGCCGCAGCCCUUGCUUCCAGCUUGGGCACCCCUCAGAGAACCAGUUCCAUCAGUUUCUCUGACCAGGAUGCUGAUGAGAGUGCAGACUACGCCGCAGCCAUCGCUGCCAGUUUGGCAGAUAUUAAGCCUCCUUCAAUUCCUGGUCAACAGCGUGACCAGCAACAGUCGCAGCAGGGAGUCCCUGAUGCUGCAGUGCUUGCACAAGCAUUGGCAUCGUCCCUGUUCAAUGCUGCUAGGGCAUCUGGAGUAAAUUUACCUGCUCCUCGACCCCCACCAAAGGACUAGGACUCAUUGUCUCCUGUCUCCUGUCAUCUUUAUUUUUAUUUUUAUUUUUUCUGUUCCGGGUGGCAAAUCUUGUAGAUAGUAAUUGCGACACUUCUUAGAGCUUGUUGCCCUUGACAUUGCACAUGCUGUUACUCUUGAUCAUCAGCAUGGAUUUCUCGUACAUUUAUUUUUGUAUUUUUACGUUUACUUUCGGGAUCCUGAAGGGAUUAUUAUUAUUAUUAUUUUUUUUCUUCCCUUC